GAAACUAUUAUUCCUCCCAUUCUCUCCCUUCCCUCCCAUGCGCUCCCCUCCCCUCCAAACCCUUCCAUCCAACACGCUCUAAUUCUAGUGUUUUCUCCCAACUCAAUCUUUUUCUUUGAAUCUUUUUCUUAGAUCAAGGUAUUCAUCACUUGAUCUUCCUAUUGUCUAUCCAACUACAAGAUUUUCGAAAGUCGAAACAGUGAACGGUUUUUCUCUCCCAUCCUCUCCGUCGGACGUAUCUCUUGCGUGAUGUUUUUUGAACUCCGAGAUGUCCUCGCACGAGCAAGCCCUAGCUUCGGUCCUCUCUCAGUUGGCUCUCUCCUUCGACGGUGCUGUUCUCGGAGUAGUCCUCGCCUACGCGGCCGUGCGCUCGCUCUUCAAGUUCACGGCCCACUCCUCCGCACUUCGCAGAAUCCGUCAUGCUCCUUCCGCCAGCGUCCCCGAUCUUCGUGCUCUGUUACCGUCCUCUGAUGACCAGUCUCAGUCGUCCGAUCAAAACCUCGUGAUCGUGAGCGGAAUUGUUGAGGCCAAAUCAGUGGUCCAAGGUAACUGGAAGAGCCUUGGCAGACCUCUUAUCCUUGUGUCUCAGGAAUCAGGCGACAAGGCAGUUGUCAUCCAAAGAACACAAACGUGUCUAUACAACGAAUGGAAGGGCUUUUUUGGAUGGACAUCUGAUAUACGUGGCAUCUUUGGAAGAUCUUGGAGGGAAAAAGAAUCAACCUCAUUAAGAACGGUUCCUUUUGUUCUUGUUGAUGGCGGGCAAUGGCCACAAACAGAUUAUGUCUGUGUCAGUAUGGAUGGCUCAAGACACCCUAUGCCUCUUACAACAGUCUAUCAUCAAUUGCAGCCUAUUGAUGCUUCGCCUUACACAUUCCUUCAAGCACUUUUUGGUCAUGAAUACCCUGUUGGGCUGCUUGAUGAGGAGAAAAUUCUUCCACUUGGCAAGGAAAUCACUGCUGUUGGCAUUUGUAGUUUCAGAAAUGGAAUUCCUGAAAUCAAGUCGUGCAAAGAGCUUCCCUAUUUUCUGUCCGACUUGACUAAGGAUCAGAUGAUAUUAGAUCUUGCAUUCAAGACAAAAGUGUUGCUGUGGAGUGGUAUUGCUCUUGGUUCAUUGUCGGUGGUUGUCCUUGGUUAUGCUAUUAUCAGGAAUUGGAAUAAAUGGAAAGAGUGGAGGCAACAGGGACAGCCACAGCAAUCAAACAGUGGUGCAAUUGCCAGUGCUGAUAUGACAGACGAGGAAGGGGAUGUUCCAGAAGGGCAAUUGUGUGUUAUCUGCUUGACUAGGAAAAGGCGAUCUGUAUUUAUUCCAUGUUGGCAUCUAGCUUGUUGCAAUCGCUGUGCCCUAUCAAUUGAACGUGACGUAUCGCCUAAAUGCCCUGUUUGUCGGCAGACGAUCCACAGUUCUCAGGUGAUAUUUGUGCCUUGAAAAAAAUACAAACAAACUAGUCGUGUUCCUUUGUAUAUGUUUAGUAGAUUGACGUUGAAAAGUUGCCUGGAUUUCAGGCACCCAUUCCUCUUGGGACAUAUAUAUGAUACUGAACUUCAGGGUUUUGUCAUCUAAUUGUAUUUUGGAGAAGACAUUUUGAUUAGCUCAGAAUUUCUAAAUUGGAAGGAAAGCAAUUAAUUC